CAACGAAAAGUGCCGCCCGAGAGCGACGAGAGAAAAGCAGUUCAGUAAAUUUUUCACUCGCACACAAAAAGGCGUCGGAAGGUUUCCAGAAGCUUUGUUGCUAGCGCGUUUUGUAAUCGUAUUUUGGCCGGGAAAUCCUGCACGGAACCAGCAUGAACGUCGAGGAGGAAGUGCUCAAGAUCCAGAAGAAGCUGGGAAAGAUGACCUCGUCCGACGGAACGGGUCAAGAGCAAGCGUUAGAUCUGCUUCGUGAACUGCAACGUUUGAAUAUCGAUCUGGACAUUUUGACCAAAACGCGCAUCGGUAUGACUGUGAACGAGCUUCGUAAAUGUAGCAAAGAUGACGAGGUAAUCAGCUUGGCAAAGACGCUUAUCAAGAGUUGGAAACGUUUUCUGGCGGCGACCCCACCCUCGAAAGAGUCAUCUAAGGAAUCGUCCAAAUCAUCGAGCAAGUCCUCGAGCAAAAGCAGUAGCAAGUCCGAAAGCAACAACAAAAAGGAAUCCGAAAAGGAGAAAGAAGCCAAGAAACCUGCCCAGACUAGUUUCCCGACUCACUCCAGCAAUACCACCGACGCCGUGCGUCUAAAGUGUCGCGAAAUGUUGACCAAUGCAUUGCGAGUAGAUGGAGAACAACCAGAAGGUUGCCAGUCCCCGGAAGAACUUGCAGAUGAACUGGAAGAAGCCAUCUACGUCGAGUUCAAAAACACCGACAUGAAAUACAAGAAUCGCGUUCGCUCCCGCGUGGCUAACUUGAAAGAUCCCAAAAAUCCAAGUUUGAGAAGCAAUUUCGUUAGCGGUGCAAUUACCGCACAACGACUUGCCAAAAUGACUCCUGAGGAAAUGGCCAGUGAUGAGAUGAAGAAUCUGCGUGAUCGUUUCGUCAAGGAAGCCAUCAAUGAUGCACAGCUGGCCACUAACCAAGGAACCAAAACAGAUCUUCUCAAGUGCGGAAAAUGCAAGAAACGCAACUGUACCUACAACCAACUGCAGACGAGAAGCUCCGAUGAACCUAUGACUACGUUCGUUUUGUGCAACGAGUGUGGACAUCGUUGGAAGUUUUGUUAGACUGCAACACCGAGCACGUUUGUAACUAGAAAAUUUCAAGAUCAACCAACAUCCAGAUCAUCAUCACUACUAAUACCUAUUUAACAUAACUUGAUAUGUUUCAUAGUGGGUCUCUACAAACGCCUUGGUAGAAUUGUGGCUGAGCCCGGAUACAUGUAGUUUAAGAACAAACCGACAUUGAUUUGAUCAAUUUGAGUAAGCUAAAAAUCCACGAAUGAAGAUUGAAUACACUACACCGAAAAAUCACCUCAUACAAAUUAACGCGUAAAUCCCCCUGCAAGGAAAGUACAACAUCCAUAUAGGGAAUCACAAUCUUCUUCAGUUGCUGGCCCUGGCAUACGUUGUGCUGGGAAAUUCUAAACAAUUUGAGCAUCAUCCCUUUCGGUAAGUGAAUUGUGGGAAGCUUACCAAUAGAUUUUAACGUUAGAAAUUUGUGGUUCGUUUGACACCGAUCUAAGUUAACUGUGUAAAAUAGAAACCUGCCUAGUGUGUAAUAAAUAAAAAA